CGCAACAUUCAAGCUACUGGAGACAUGGCUGCUUCUGGACGGGUGAGGACGUGGAACAGCAAGGCUAACUCAGUGAAACCCUGGCUCCUUCUUUUGACAGGGAUCACUUUAUUAGGUGAUGUAAAUAGCGGGGUCAUGGCAGCGCCAGAACCGGGACAAUGGAGUAUUACAGUUGUCAAUACCUCAAGACCAUUGCUUUUGAGGAAAUCUAUGUAUAAAAACACUGAUAUCAAAUUGAAAGUUGUGUCCUUUGGUUGUCCAGAGGAGGUGACUUUUACCAUUCAAUGGUACUUGAAAUACUACCCCUGUCACAACGAGUUCAAUAAUAUUGAGGAAAUGUAUGAGAGGACGCCACUGAGUCGAGGACAGAGUAUGGAUCCUAACCCUCUAGGACAAGGGGAAUGCAUUGAGCACAAGCACAAGCCCUUGACCUGCAACAAUGACCUGCGAUACUUCCCAAUGCUAAAUAAAGCCAAGGCAGAACCACGGCCAGUUGUCCCACCCAUGGAAGGGGCAGCACCGGGCUCCGACGAAAACUACACAAAAUGGACGAUGGAGGAGUACAACAAAGUCGGCGGUGUGAAGAACGCCAAUGUGUCACUUAAAGAUGACGUCAUCGCCACCACGUGGAAGGACGGCCCCUAUCUGCUGGUGGUGGUGAUUAAGUCUAACAAACAGGAAGCCAACUGGAAUCUAACAGUCAACGUCGUAAUGAAAGGAACUCAUGGCUACAUCUCCAUCACGGAAUGGCCUCUCAUGAUCUUCUACAUGGUGAUGUGUACAGUGUACAUCCUGUAUGCGUUACUCUGGUUCAUGUGGGCUGCCUGCUACUGGAAGGACUUACUAAGGAUCCAGUUCUGGAUAGCUGGAGUCAUCUUUCUUGGCAUGGUGGAGAAGGCUGUGUUCUGUGCUGAGUACGAGAACACUAACGGUGUCGGGGCAGCUUCUCAAGGCCUGUUGAUCUUUGCUGAGCUCAUCUCUGCCCUGAAGAGAACCCUGGCACGGCUGCUGGUCAUUAUUGUUAGUCUGGGAUAUGGCAUAGUCAAACCUCGACUGGGUACGGUGAUGCACAGAGUGGUGGGGCUAGGUGUGCUGUACUUUGCCUUUGCUGCCAUCGAAGGUGUGCUUAGGAUCACUGGGGUGAAAGACUCUGACCUGGCUCUGUUGGCCAACAUUCCUCUGGCUCUGCUUGACUCCUCUCUCUGCUGGUGGAUAUUUGUGAGCCUGGCUCAAACCUUAAAGACACUGAAGCUGAGGAGAAACCCAGUGAAGCUGUCUCUCUACAGGCACUUCACUAACACACUCAUCUUCGCUAUUAUAGCUUCAAUCGUUUUCAUGGUGUGGACGACAAAAAAAUUCAGACUAGCCGACUGUCAAUCUGACUGGGUGGAGCUGUGGGUAGAUGAUGCCUUCUGGAGGUUCCUGUUCUCUAUCAUACUGCUGGUUAUCAUGUUCUUAUGGAGACCCUCUGCUAACAACCAGAGAUAUGCGUUCACUCCUCUGAUGGAUGACUCUGACGAUGAGGAGAUUGAGGAGUUCCUGGUGUCAGCUAAUUUAGCUGAUGGCAUAAAGCUGAGAGCCACCAACUCCAAGAGUGAAAUGAACGGCUCAGCCAAGCCUUCAGGAUCCAACCCGGAUGAAGACUUGAAGUGGGUGGAAGAGAACAUUCCUACCUCUCUAACAGACGUAGCGUUGCCUGUCCUUCUCGACUCAGAUGAGGAAAUCAUGACUACAAAAUAUGAAAUGUCCAAGAUGGAGUAACAUGGGAGAUCUUCCUACUACCCACGGUGGAUACAGAGCUUUACUUCCUCCUGAGAUUGGUUCCUCCAGCAUGGCAUGGAAGAGACAGAUCGCCUGGAGCGCAACACCUCUCCCAUCCUACUCCUAGACCUGGUUAGGCUGAGAGUCAGACCUCUGUAUGUCUACAACAUUACUGGGGCUUAACACCUCUGACAUGGCGAUCAGCAGGGUCCUAUUCAUUGGGUAUCAAACGGAAGAAAAUGGAUUCAAACAGGGAGGUACUACCUAAACUUGUCCAAUAAGAAAUGCUGGUUAUAGUUUUCUGUUGCAAAACGUUUUUUGCUUCGUUGUGCCGUAAUGUAUUUAACCCUCUGUCUCUCACCCUCUCCACAAACCAAGACCUAACAAUUGUGUGUGUCCCAAAGGGCACCCUUUUCCCUAUUCAGUGCUGUAUAGUGCUCUACACUUGACAAUAGGGCUCUGGUCAAAGUAGUGAACUAUGGUCCCGUGUGGCUGUUGGUAGAGCAUGGCGAUUGC